CUAGCUGCGCGCGCACUGACGCAAGCCCGUCGGCGCCAUUUUAGCCGGUCACGCUGCACUGGUGGGCCUGGCAGCCAUUUUGUUUUGGACACCAAGCGGGAGUUGGCGGCGCCGGCUGUGGUGGCCCAGACGAAAGGCAGGAAAGGGCAGUCUUGACGAGCGGGAGGAUCGGUCAGCUCGAUACUCAACCCAACAACGAGGGAGCCUCGCAUCCUACCGUUUAAGCAUCUAACCAACCGCCCAGCUAGCUAACCCGAGCGGCCCGCCGUCAGCUCAGGUUCGGCCGGCCUCCGGCCCGCCCGCCCGCCGCAGCCGUGGUGGCAACCCCGGGAGGAGCGCUGGCGUCCAUCUCCUUCGAUUCUCGGGAUUUGAAGAUGGCUGCACAGUCAGCGCCGAAAGUUGUGCUAAAAAGCACCACCAAGAUGUCUCUAAAUGAGCGCUUUACUAAUAUGCUGAAGAACAAACAGCCGAUGCCAGUGAAUAUUCGGGCUUCGAUGCAGCAGCAGCAGCAGCUAGCCAGUGCCAGAAACAGAAGACUGGCCCAGCAGAUGGAGAAUAGACCCUCUGUCCAGGCAGCAUUAAAACUUAAGCAGAAGAGCUUAAAGCAGCGCCUGGGUAAGAGUAACAUCCAGGCACGGUUAGGCCGACCCAUAGGUGCCCUGGCCAGGGGAGCAAUUGGAGGAAGAGGCCUACCCAUAAUUCAGAGAGGCUUGCCCCGAGGAGGACUACGUGGGGGACGUGCCACCAGAACCCUGCUUAGGGGUGGGAUGUCACUCCGAGGUCAAAACCUGCUCCGAGGUGGACGAGCCGUAGCUCCCCGAAUGGGCUUAAGAAGAGGUGGUGUUCGAGGUCGUGGAGGUCCUGGGAGAGGGGGCCUAGGGCGUGGAGCUAUGGGUCGUGGCGGAAUCGGUGGUAGAGGUCGGGGUAUGAUAGGUCGGGGAAGAGGGGGCUUUGGAGGCAGAGGCCGAGGUCGUGGCCGAGGGAGAGGUGCCCUCACUCGCCCUGUAUUGACCAAGGAGCAGCUGGACAACCAAUUGGAUGCAUACAUGUCGAAAACUAAAGGACACCUGGAUGCUGAAUUGGAUGCCUACAUGGCACAGACAGAUCCUGAAACCAAUGAUUGAAGCCUGCCUGCCUGCCCACCUGUUAGACUCUUGUUAAAGUCACCACAUCUUUAAAACAACCUUUCGAAAACAUAAGAAACCUGAUCGAUGCUGGAAGGACCUGUCACAAUAGGCUGUGGACUUACCUGCCACCAGUUGGUGCAUUUAGUCUGUUCCGUCUACUUUUUGAUACUGUGUUAUAUGAAACUAUUUUCCUUUAAAUUUGGUUGAGUUUGUUUUGUUGUUUAUGCAGUCACCCAGACAUCUGUUUGAACAGGAAUGCGUUGGCCUUGUGAGUAGAACAAUUUUCCAGCCUCUGCCUGUCAUAUACUCUUGACAUUUUUAAAUAUUUCCUCUGUUGAUUUUUAUGAUCCCAGAAGGAGCCAGAGUUUUCACUAUUGGGUGGUCUUUGGGAUAGAGUUCUACAUCUUUCUUUUAAGGCUUCUUGUUAAUAGCUGGAGCUAAAGGUGUGUUUGCUAUGUUGAUAGUGAAGGUAGUAAAUUGGAAGUGCUGGUAUUGCUACUGGGCCACCGAAUGGCCUACAUAUGGUAGCAACUUGAUUUGGUCAAAGUUGGUGUUGCCUACUUUGAAACCACAUUGAUGGUAGCUGACAAGCUAAAUUGGAAUUUCCACCCUAAGAAAAGAUUUUUAAGCUCUCCUUUUGGCUUUCUGUCAUGCCUAAGAGGCAGAAGAAGCAGCUGUUGGUGUAGCACAAGUGGCAGAAGAGAUAAGGGUGGGAAACUGGUAACAAACUGACUGCUGGUAAGGGCUCUUGUGCUGCUCAUGCUGAAAUACAGUUACCUGUAUUUGUCCAGAAGCAGUCUUGGUCUAAUCCACUUAACUGGCUUUAUUUGACCCUCUUGAAGGCUUUAAGUUCAACCAUAUUUUGUCAGCUGUUCAGUUUCAGUGGAAUCUUGUAUUUCUGGUUCAUUAUAACAAAUUGUUCUCUCAAAAUUUAA